AUGUUCAUGUGUUCAAACGCAAGUACAGCGAUAAUUGCCUGGUUGAGCUUUACUUUGUAUGUAGCAUUUAUUGGAUUGUGUGGAUGUAUUAUUUACGCUAAAUAUAAUCAAUGUGAUCAUUUACGAACUAAACGUUCUUCUAAACCUGAUCAAUCAUAUCCUGUAUUUGUACUUGAAACAUUGGGACAAUAUCCAGGCUUAACAGGUCUAUUUACUGGUGGUAGUUUGAGUGCAUCGUUGAGUACAAUUUCAAGUGGAAUUAAUAGCAUGGCAACUGUAAUUGUUGAAGAUAUUUAUAAACGAAUAAUAUUUGACCAUUCCAUGUCCCGUAGAAAACAAGAGUUUGUUUCAAAGAUUCGAUCUCUUCUCAUUUUAUUUUUCGCAUUUAUUGUAUCGUAUUUAGUUGAUCAUGUACCUCUGAUUAUUUUUCAACUUGCUGGUUCGUUUGUUCCACCAAUUCUUGGCAUUUAUUUACUAGGAUUUUUUGCUCCGCAAGUUAAUAGUCGAUGUUCUGGUAGCAUUGUUUUUGUGCACAAUAUUUCAAAUAUGGAUUCUCCUCGGAGUUCAAGCGAUCCGAAGACAGUGGAUCAAUCAUUAUUGAUAUCAUGGAAAGAUUCACUUCUUCCUUAUUCAUCAAAUAAAGUAUGA